GCUCCACACGCGCGUCCCGAGGAGCCCGUACAACUCCGGCGAGCUGGGCCUGCCCGCGCCUGUUCCCCUGCCGGCGGCGCGGCGGCGCCGGCCCGGUCCUGUGCCCGCCUGCAGGCCCGCGUGGCGAGGCUACGGGCGGCGGCGGCUGCCAGUCGGCGCGGCCGCGGGUGCUGCCUGGCUCUGGCCGGCGGAGGGCGGAGCGAGGGCGCGCCGCGGAGGGCGCACGCAGGCCGCCGGGCCGCGCCGUGCUGGGCCGCGCCGUGCCCGGCCUGGCGGCGGCGGCGGCAGCUGCGAGAAAAGGCCGGAGGCGAGCGCGGGGCCGGCGGUGGGCGCGCAGGGCCGCUCGCAGCCUGCAGGGAGAGCGCGAGCCCGAGGCCAGGGCCUGGCCGGGCGUCCAGACAGCACAGGAGCCCGGCUGGAGUGCCCGCCCCGCGGCCUCGCCUCCUCGCCGAGCCGCCAGCGCCUCGGGACGCGAUGAGGACCUGGGCUUGCCUGCUGCUUCUCGGCUGCGGAUACCUCGCCCAUGCCCUCGCCGAGGAAGCCGAGAUCCCCCGCGAGGUAAUUGAGAGACUGGCGCACAGUCAGAUCCACAGCAUCCGGGACCUCCAGCGACUCCUGGAGAUAGACUCCGUAGGGGCCGAGGAUGCUCUGGACAGCAGCCUGAGAGCCCACGGGGGCCACGCCGCCAAGCACGCACCCGAGAGGCGACCCGCGCCUGUUCGGAGGAAGAGAAGCAUCGAGGAAGCUGUCCCUGCUGUCUGCAAGACCAGGACGGUCAUUUAUGAGAUACCUCGUAGCCAGGUGGACCCCACCUCUGCCAACUUUCUGAUCUGGCCCCCGUGCGUGGAGGUGAAACGCUGUACCGGCUGCUGCAACACCAGCAGCGUCAAGUGUCAGCCGUCCCGUGUGCACCACCGCAGCGUCAAGGUGGCCAAGGUGGAGUACGUCAGGAAGAAGCCAAAGUUGAAAGAAGUCCAGGUGCGGCUGGAGGAGCACCUGGAGUGCACGUGCAUGCCGACCGGCCCGAACCCGGACUACCGAGAGGAGGAGACAGGAAGGCGCAGGGAGUCAGGUAAAAAGCGGAAAAGAAAGAGGUUAAAACCCACCUAACCAGCCAACCAGAUGUGAGGUGAGGACGAGCCGGCAGCCCUUGCCCGGGGCGCGGACGUACGCGGCGUCACACUCCUGACCUGCGAUGCACGGUGCUCAUCGCCAGCGCGCGGUCUUUGUUCUCCUCCGUGAAAACUGUCUCCACGCACACUCGGGAGAACAAAGAGACAGUGUACGUUUGUUCAGUGUGACAUCAAAGCAAGUAUUGUAGCACUCGUGGGACCGCGAGACGCUUCCUUGUCGAGGAGCGUGCACGCGCGCAGAACCACAGGCCACGGCCAGCGGGACCGGCUCACGAAACGACCCGGACGGUCGAUGGCGGGGACGGAGGCGUGCCCGUGGGUGGGAGCGACGGACGCCGCAGCGGAUGGACUUCUGCCCGGGGCGGUCACAGGUGCUCUCGCCGAGGACACGGACCAGCCCGCGCUUUCUGGAAGACGACUGACCGGUGCCCGGCCCCGCGGGGCGUGCGGGGGCCCGAGGGUCUCGGACACGCCCCGGGACUUCAGAAACCACACCUCCUGCUGUCGCGUGUCGGUCUGUCGGAGCCUUCCCGAGAGCCUUAAGUGGGUUUUUUUUUUACACCAUAAAGUGAUUAUUAAGCUUUCCUUUUUACUCUUCGCCUAGCUUUUUUUUUUUUUUUUUUUUAAAUUAUCUCUCGGAUGACAUCGACGCCGAUGGCACCAGGCUGCUGUGGCAGUCAGGCAGUGAGACGGGAUCCCCCCCGCAGGAUGCGAAUGAAUGAGAUGUAUUAAAAUAAACAUGGUAUACCCACCUAUGCAUCAUUUCCUAAAUGUUUCCGGCUUUCCGUGCUUCCCCCCGGCCCCACCUGAGUCUGCUCUUGCAUCGAAGCCGUUUCGAGAGGACUGUGCGUGACCCAAUCAGAGGCCAUCCCGUCUCCUGUCCCUGGAGCUCCCGGCGGGGCUGCGGCGCGGCUGUGGGGUGGCUCGUGCUGCGGCGGCGGCGUGCGGACGCGACCCAAAUUCUUUAUUUUUGGUAAGAUGUUACGCGUUAACGUGUACUCGACAAAUGUGUGUGUGUUGUUUUUUGUUUUGUAAAGGUGAAGUUUGUAUUUUUAUCUAAUAUUACCAGUUUUAUAUACCUGA